AUGGAUCCGAUCACGGUCACGGAUAUGGAUUAUUGCGAGAAACUCUACCGGCAAGCUAGCAGCAAGAAGUGCGAUCGAUUCUCCUAUGAUCACGCCUCCCAUCUAGUCUCGGGCGGAGAGAAAUGGAGAAUUCCACCCUCCUCACCACGUGGCUCUCGUCUGCCCCGGACUAAAAACCAUCCAAUCUUGCCCGAGAGGACGAGGGUCUCCAAGAGAUCGCAAAGGACCUCCGAGACAAAGUGCAAAUUCUACGUCGAUCCCGAUGAUUUCUAUCGUCCAUUUGAUAACCAGUUUGUAAAGCGUGAUUCGGAUUUUUCACUCGAUGAAAAACCAACCGGCGAAGUCUCUGCCUUUGACGACGAGCCCACAGUCUCCCCAAAUCCCAUCAAACCGGGGGGGAUGAAACCAUUGGAUCCGACUGAUGAUGUGGCCGCACCGGUUAUCACUCUGAGAAGCGUCGUCGUUGGCAUCACUUUAUCCCUGAUUUCUGCUGCCAUUGCCCAACUUUUUCAGUUCAAACCUGUGAGAGUUCAGAUCUCCUUGCUUACCCUACAGAUUCUGUCGUUCCUUUUGGGUACUCUGCUUUCGAAAAUCCUGCCGACACGCUACCACUGGCUCAAUCCCGGUCCCUAUUCAAUCAAAGAGGAUGUCUUCGCCACCAUGAUGGCUGCAUCAGCAGCAUAUGCUGCCUUUGGAACCGAAAUCUUUGCCCCCCAGAUUUUGUUUCUCCAUGCUGGACCCGGAUUCUUCCUUUCGGUUGUCGCUCAGUUUGCCAACCAACUUUUGGCUAUCUGUCUCGCGUGGCAUUUUCGAUCAUUUCUAGUCUACCCGGCUGCAUGUCUAUAUCCGGCUGUCAUCCCUCCGGUUAUCUUGUUCCAGUCGCUCCAUGGUGGGGACAGUCUCGCCACCCGUCGUAUCAAUCUGUUUAAGCUUGUUGCCCCGGUGAUUGGUCUGUGGGAAAUUUUGCCUCAGUUCCUGGCUCCCGCCGUUAGCGCCAUCAACGUUUUCUGCUUGGCUCUGCCAGCCUCAAAAGAGGUCACUGCACUCUUUGGAGGCGCUUCUCCUAACACUGGAUUCGGGCUAUUUUCUUUAAGCCUUGAUUGGACCAACAUUUCCGCUGGAGUAAACGGUGCAUCACCAAUGUAUGUACCGUGGAUCGCCCAAGUAAAUUCGUGGAUUGGGCUCGGUUUUGCGAUCUUGAUGUAUCUUACAAUAUACAAAAUUGGCCCAUAUGCCUCAGGGGCCAAAAACAAUUUCCCCCUGCUUUCCACAAGCUUGCUCACUGAAUCCGGGAAAGAAUAUAAUCACACUGCAGUAUUCCUGCCUAAUGGCUCCCUUAGCCAGCAAGGCCUUGCUCAGGAGGGACUCCCAGCCUUCACUCUCUCCUUCGUGACCUCACAAGCGUUUGCUGCACUGUUGAUGACGAGCGCAGUUACCCAGGCUAUCAUUCAGAAUUGGACUCUGAUCACUGGAAUUCUUUUUCCCAAUCGUAAUGGGGGAGCGUCGAAAUCCGAGGAUCCCCACCUCCAAGAGAUGGAAAAAUAUUCGCAAGUCCCCCAAUGGUUUCUCGGAUGCAUUUCUGUGGCAUCUGUGGCGCUUGGCUAUCUUUGCGCGACGCUCGCUGGAAGUCAGAUGGGGUUUUUCGCGAUGCUGGCAUCCGUUCUUUUGGCGUCCAUCAUUGUCGCUUCCAUUGGUUUUUUGAAUGCGACCACGGGCUUCAAUCCAGUUGUCGCCCCAGCUUGUCAAAUGAUCGGCUCUGUCUUUGGUGGAUCUGUCAUCCGCUCCCUCUGGUUUAGCAUCUUCAGCGCCACAUGUGCCACGAUCUCCUUACUGAUAGCCAAAGAUGUUAAAAUGAUGAUCUAUACCAAAGUUCCCCCUCGCAAAGGAUUUUUCGCUCAAAUAUGCGGAACCAUCAUUGGUGUGUUCGUGAACCAGUUCGUGAUGCAAAUCAUUGUUUCUGCAAACGCAGAAGCUUUGAUCGAACCUACAGCCAGUGGACAAUUCUCGGGAGUUUCCACACAGGCUUUAUUCAAUGAAGUUAGUACUUGGAGUCUGUUUUCCCAUGAACUAUACGGACCAGGGAAACGAUAUUUCUUCAUUCCUGCCAGCUUGUUCGUUGGUUUUCUCGCGCCUCUCCCGUUCCUGUUCAUUGAGAACACCUGGCCGAAUUCGAUUUUUGGGAAGUUUAACGUACCAUUGGUCGCCGGGACAAUACAAGUUGCGAUCAAUGGUACCACCUCCGGCAGAGUCACUGCAAUAGUCGUUGGAUUCAUCAGCCAAUAUUACGUCCGAAUCUAUCGCCCCCAAAUCUUCACCGAUUACAAUCACGUCCUGAGUGCCGCAUUGGAUGGUGGAACUCAAAUCGCCGUCCUCUUAUUAUCCUUCGCGACCGGAAAAAUCAAAUUGCCUCAUUACCUUUUGAACCCGGCAGCCCCUUUUCUGAGAGAUUAUUGUACUCGGUUUUAG